ACCCUCGCGAAAUACAACGGCGAUGGAUCUUCUGAGGAGCGCCUAUACCUCAGACGACGAACCCGAAACCCUACCGGGAACAAAACCAGUAUCCAAGCCCGACCACCUUGCAAUAUUCCCUCCUUCGAAACGACCCAAGCCCAAUUACCCGUAUCCCCCACUCAACAAUCCUCACCAUGGUUAUUGGUCGCACUCCCCUUCGGUUCUUCGACCACAAGCUCCGAUUGUUGGAAGGUACGUGUCCAAGCGUGAACAAGCACUCUCGGCUUCGGUUUCCCAAGUUCCCGUACUUAACCCGGAUCCUAAUCGGGAUGCUCCCCUCUCCUCUUCGCCCGGAAGUAUUAGGGAUUCAGAUCUACCCCACAGUAUUUCGUCAUUGUUGAGACAUCAAGGGAGGGGCUACAAACAACGAAGCCAGGUACCAGAAAGGCUGUCUAUAGAGCUGCAUUAUCACACAAAGGCUGUCAAUGCCCUAAACUGGUCACCUAGCCGUGCUCAUCUCCUUGCUUCUGCCGGAAUGGAUGGCUCGGUCUGCAUAUGGAAUGUGUGGAGCAGAGAUCAGAAGUUAGCUCGUGCAUAUAGAUUUCACAGUGCAGCAGUAAAAGAUGUGAAAUUUUCACAGCAAGGGUUGUUUCUACUGUCAUGUGGUUAUGACAACUCAUCGAGGUUAGUUGAUAUUGAAAAGGGGCUAGAGACUCAGAUUUUUAAGGAGGAUCAGGCGGUUGGAGUUACUAAGUUCCAUCCCGACAACUCCAACAUCUUCCUUUCUGGGGGUUCAAAGGGCCGUAUUAAAUUAUGGGAUAUCAGAACUGGGAAAGUAGUACAUGAGUAUGCUCGAGGUCUAGGUUCAAUCCUUGAUAUUGAAUUUAUGGUGAAUGGGAAGCAAUUUAUCUCAUCUAGUGAUGUCUCUGGAAGCAAUAUCAGUGAAAAUUCAAUAAUUGUUUGGGACAUCGCACGACAGGUUCCACUUUCUAAUCAGGUUUAUGUGGAAGCCUAUACAUGUCCUUGUAUUAAGCACCAUCCAUUGGAUCCAACUUUUGUUGCCCAGUCAAAUGGAAACUACAUUGCAAUCUUCUCUUCUAUUCCCCCUUUCAAGCUAGAUAAGUACAAAAGAUAUGAAAGCCAUGGGGUUUCUGGGUUCCCCAUCAAGUGCAAUUUCAGUCUUGAUGGGGAGAAGCUCGUCUCUGGCUCUUCAGAUGGUUGUAUCUAUUUUUAUGACUACAAAUCAUCAGAACUCAUCAGGAAAAUCAAGGCAUACGAGCAAGCCUGCAUAGACGUUGCUUUCCAUCCUGUGAUUCCUAAUGUACUUGCUGCAUGUAGUUGGAGUGGACAUGUAUCAAUCUUGGAGUGAGUUUUUUUUGCACUUGAUUUCUGGUUUAAGUAUGCCUGCAGGUUCCUCGGAAAGCCAGCAGAGGAAACAAAACAGCAAUGGAUGAGAAGUUGAAGGGAAAAUGCCAUUCUUCAGGAACUGCUGCUUGCACUCUUGCAAAACAUUGAUGUUAAAUGUCACAAUAGAAUAAUAGUAUUUGUAUUGUUGGGAUGCACAAGUAUUUGCAGUUACUGUAUCUUGUAUGUAUCUUAGAAACCAACUACUUCAGUCUCAAAGGUGGCAGCGGCAGGUGGCUGUGAUUGGACCAUUUGAAAGUUUUUUUUGGGGGUGGAAAGUUUUACUAUUGAAACUGCUUGAGCAGCACAACUUUUUUGCCGCCAAGAUUACAACUAUUGAUUCAAUUUUUUUUGGAAAGAAACUUUGGUUGUGAUAGUGAAGUUAA